CAAAGUGCUUCAUAUUCGCCAUCCUCAACCCCACAAGCGACAACACUGAUCCCACUCAUCCACUCACUCUACAUACACUGCACAUCUAGACAAAACAAACCACCACCACAAUGCCAACCACUUUAAUCUUCGGCGGCUCAGGCAAAGUCGCCCGACACCUAACCCGCCUCCUCGUCUCCGAAGGCCAAACAGUCCACUCCAUAAUCCGCAACGCCGCCCAAACCCCCGAAAUCGAAUCUCUGGGAGGGAAACCCAUCGUACAAUCCAUCGAAGCCUCCUCAAUCGAAGACAUGAUCCAAACCAUAAAAUCCACAAACCCCUCCACCAUCAUCUGGGCCGCAGGCGCCGGCGGCGGCUCCCCGGAACGCACCCAGAAAGUCGACAACGAAGGCGCGAGGAAAUCCAUGGACGCCACUGCCAAAGCCGGAGUCACGAAACGUUAUAUCAUAAUUUCGGCUAUAGAUGUCAGGGAUCGGGAGAGCAGGCCUGAACCGGAGUGGUAUAAUGAUUCGGAUCGUGAGCGGUCGGGAAGAGUUUGGGGGGCGAUUGGACCGUAUAUGCAGGCGAAGUUUGCGGCGGAUAGGGAUCUUGUGAUGAAUAAUGAGAAAAGGGGACUGGAGUAUACGAUUGUGAGGCCUGGGGGGUUGUCGCAGGAGGCUGGGAAGGGGAGGAUUAGUGCUGGGAAAGUGCAUUUGGAUGCGAUGAUUUCGAGGGAAGAUGUUGCGAGGGCUGUUGUGGAGAUUAUGAAGAAUGAUGGCACGAUAGGGUUGGCGAUUGAUAUGGUUGGGGGUGAUACGCCCAUCAAGGAUGCAAUUGCGGAGGUUGCGAAGAAUAAAAUUGAUAGUUUUGCUGGGAGGUACUAGGGCAUGACGUGAAGAAUUUCGUUGGCAUUAAUAGGAUGGGGUAUAUAGCUGUAUAAAACCAUUUCUAUAAUGCUGAGAAACUGUCG